UCGUCGUCCCGAGCUUCCUCUAGCUCCACCAACCCUCUGCCCUCCCCUCCGCCUCCGCCCUCCUCCUCGGCCUACAGCCGCCAGCCAACCGCGCGGCCGCUUGUUGAGCCUAGGCUCCACCGUCUCCAUGACGCCCGGCAAACAUUCCGGUGUUUCAGCUGGAGUCGCUAACGCCGGGGGUUGGGGUACAGGGUCUCCAGGAGCGGGCAAGGAAGGCGGUCGUCGACCAACUCCCCAGGCAGUCGCCACCAUGCCCAUCUCUCCAGUAAACAGCCGCAAGCAGCCGAACAUCGGAUUGAACACUGGCACACAGCCAGCGAAGUCUAUUAGCUUUAUUGGUCUGGCAAGAGGAAUUCAAGUGAAAGGAUAUGCUAGUGCAUACCAAAGCAGAAUGGGUGCGUCAAAAACCAUGGUGAUUCUACCUGACAUAAAAACAGAAAAAAUCAGUAUUUCCAAUACAAGGGCCGCCAUUCAGGUGAUUGAUGCACAUGGAGUUGAUGUUACUCCUCGACCUCUUUUCCAUCCAGAUUCACAUAUUGGUACAGCAAAGCCAAGUAAACUAUUGACAUCACAAGAAGGCUCACUUGUAUCAGAAUGUGUAACUUCCUAUAGCCUUUAUCAAAAUACACUAAAUCCUAGUAUGUUAGGGCAGCUGACAAGAUCAGUUUUAGGAAGCAGUAUGGUUUCUAAGUCAAGUGCAUCAACUAGUGAAUCAAUAGCAGAAGACCUGGAAGAACCAUCCUUUAAACGGGAAAGAUUGGCUAGUUUUACAGAUUUACGAGUUAUAAGGACAACACCUGGAAAAACUGUAACGAAAGAAGACCUGGAGAAGACUGUAGAGAUAAUACUCACAGAGACAGAAACACUAGGAUUUUUUAACCUACCAACAGUCAUGGUUUCGGUAGAAUCUGAAGAAGCUGAGAAAGUAAGCCGGAGAAACAAAAAUUAUGAGACCCUUUGUAGAAAUAGAUUAGGCAAUGACUUAUAUGUUGAAAGGAUGAUGCAGACUAUUAAUGGAGCACCAAAGAAUAAAGACGUUCAGUGUGACAAAAUCAUAAAGCAAGACAAAGGCAUAAUGGCUACUACUUGGGAUUUGUAUGAUUCUUAUAAUGCUCUGGAACUUUCAUCUGUACCAGUAAAACAAUCUAUAAUUGAUUCAAGUAGUAAAGGAAACGUGCCUUCUAAAGAUCGGGACCAAAGAGGGCCAGGAAGUACUACAGACAAAAAUAGUGAAGCUAGUUCUCUAAUGGAUAUAGAAAAUGUAAUUCUGGCUAAAAUGCAUGAUGAUGAAGAAGACCACUCAGAUGCAAUAUUUAAAUCUGAAAAGUUUCAUCAGGACUUAUUUUUUAUGGAACGAGUUCUAAUGGAAAAUAUAUUUCAGCCAAAACUUGCAGCUUAUCGUCAGCUUCCUGUUUUAAAAGAACCGGAACCUGAAGAGCCUGAAGACUUUUUAGAAGGUGAAAUACUUGAAGAGGUAGAAGAAGAGGUUAAGAAGGAAGAAGAAGAAGAAAUAGAAAUAGGUGCAGAACAAUCAACAAUACCAGCCAAUUUGGAACGACUUUGGUCCUUCUCCUGUGACUUAACCAAAGGCCUUAAUGUGAGCAGCCUUUCCUGGAAUAAAAUAAAUCCAGACCUUUUGGCUGUUGGUUAUGGGCACUUUGGAUUUAAAGAGCAAAAAAAAGGAUUGGCUUGCUGCUGGUCAAUAAAGAAUCCCAUGUGGCCAGAACGUAUUUAUCAGAGUCCAUAUGGAGUUACUGCUGUGGAUUUUUCAAUUGGAGCACCUAAUCUUUUAGCAGUUGGCUAUUACAAUGGCACCAUUGCAGUUUAUAAUGUACAAAGCAACAGUAAUGUUCCAGUUCUGGAUAGUAGUGAAUCACCUCAAAAACAUUUGGGACCUGUAUGGCAACUACAGUGGAUAGAACAAGAUCGAGGAACAACAGGUGACGACAAAAGAGAAAUACUAGUUUCUAUAUCAGCAGAUGGAAGAAUCUCCAAAUGGGUUAUACGGAAAGGACUAGACUGUCAUGAUUUGAUGCGUUUGAGGCGAACUACUGCCAGCAGCAACAAAAAAGGAGGAGAAAAAGAAAAGAAAGGUGAAGCUUUGAUAUCUCGACAGGCUCCUGGAAUGUGUUUUGCUUUUCAUCCCAAGGACACAAAUAUCUAUUUGGCCGGCACUGAAGAAGGUCAUAUUCACAAAUGUUCUUGUUCAUAUAAUGAACAAUACCUAGAUACCUACAAAGGACAUAAGGGUCCAGUUUAUAAAAUAGCAUGGAAUCCAUUUUGUCUCGAUGUAUUCUUAAGCUGUUCUGCAGAUUGGGGUGUUAUUAUAUGGCAGCAGGAGAAUCUCAAGCCAUUUUUGAGUUUUUAUCCAACUACUCACGUUGUUUAUGAUGUUGCCUGGUCUCCAAAAUCAUCCUAUAUAUUUGCAGCUGCGAAUGAGAGCAGAGUGGAGAUUUGGGACCUUCAUAUCAGCACUUUGGACCCUCUGAUUGUGAAUGUUGCUAACCCUGGAAUCAAGUUCACAACUGUUCUCUUCGCCAAACAAACAGAUUGCCUUCUAGUAGGAGACAAUGAUGGACAGGUUGCUGUGUAUGAACUAAGAAAUAUGCCCACUGUUUCAGAUUCUGGCCGGAGAGAUAUGAUAGAUACUUUGCUUGGACCCAGAUCAAACCAACCAGGAUAAUUCAUCAUUACUGAUAUCUUUUUUGUUGUUUAAAGAAAAGGGAACAGUGUUUAAUAUCCAAUAGUCUGAUUUGUGUGUAGUAAGCUGGGAUUUUGAUUUUGGAAAACAAUAUUUAAUGUAUAACUUCUGUUUAAAAUUAAUGUAAAUUUAAUGAACUUUUAUUUGAGAUAUGUGAUUAGUUUAUAAUGUAAGCUAAUUAUAAGAGUUUUGUUGGGAUUUUCAUAAUUUUAAAAAGAUUUUCCUACUCUAUUUCUUAAUCAUAUUCCAAGUAUAUAUACAUAUAUAUGUACUUAUAAAAUGUCUAAUUGUAGUAGAAAGUUAUUAUUCCUUUAGAAGAAAAGCUUAGAAAUUAUUAGAAUUACUCAAAAAAUAUUUUUUAAGACAAAGUUCCAUACACUUUUAAUCUUCAGUUUUUUAAGGCUUCCAAGCUCUGUAUUCAAGGGUGUGUGAAUUAUGCAGGUGUUAGUAUUAAGAAAAUAUAGAAUUCUCAUAUCUAACUUUAAACUAAAUUUUAUAUCCUUAGAUCUGAGAGCAGAAGCUAUAGAUCUUCGUUAGACUAUAUGAAAGCAAAAGACAUGACAGCAAACGUCAGAAAUUCCACUAUUUGGCCAGCAGGCAUCAUACUUCGAACUCAGUGAGAAGAGUUAAUCUGGGACCCAUCAGGGUACCCUCCUCUGCACACCCAGUAUCUGCUCUCAGUUUUAAACCCAGACUUAAGUGGGCCCAGAGAGAAAAUAUAAAGUCCCUGAUCUAUAGUUUGCAUCAGGAUGUUAUUUUAUAAAGGGUUCUAGGGCAAGCUUGUGGAAAUAGAAGUAGUGGGAGGCAGUAACUCCUCCAAAUAUAGAUUGCUAACAGUCUGUUCUAUGCUGUUUGUUUUAACAAGUCCUGAAUUUUGUUAACUGAGGCUGUAGGACAGUAUGGCCUAUAAACCAUUCUAAGUAGAGAGAAGAGGAUAAGACAUUUAAAAUUCACUAACCUCUCUGAAAAAUAUAUAUAAAAACAGAAUGGAAUCAAAGCAGUAGUGAGAACUACCUUUUACAAGUAUCCAUUUCUUCAGAAUCUCCAUUUCUUUGAAACUAUCCUUUAAAGAGAAAGCAAGGAAACUUUUAGAUGGACUGAGAGCUUAGGUCAGGUUAUAAGGAUUAUAUAUUUUCUUCUGGUAUAAGUUAUAGUGAUUCUUCUCUUUAUCUUUCUGAAAGGUUGGUCUUUUCAUAACACUUCGUGCAACAAAAUAAAAACUUGAUUUAAUUGAAAAAAAUGUUUCUUUUUAUUAUGUAUUUUUGAUCUUUAAAAUUCUUUUACAUAUUUAACUCUCAUUGCUCAUCAAGCCUAAAUGAAAAAUAAAGUUCUUUUAUAUUUUUUGUAUCCUGGGCAACUAAUCCUGAA